GCCGCCCCGUACCGGAAGUCGAAUGGAUCGACAACCAGGGGAAGACGAUCGCCGACGGCGCCAAGUUCAAGAUCGAAACCUCCGGCCUUAAUACCUGCCUAACCAUCCAGAAAAUCGAGAUCGCCCACCGCGGGGAAUUUACGUGCCGCGUGCGCAACCGCUGCGGCGAAGACAAGUACGCCAUCGGAAUUCAGGUGACCGAUCGUCCGGAACCCCCCGGAAAGCCGACAGUCCAAGACCAAAAUGUUGACUCCGUCAAGCUGCUCUGGGCGGUGCCGAAACAGGACGGCGGAUCGGCCAUCAGGAAUUAUAUUGUGGAAAUGAAGACUGAAAACGACAAAACCUGGGCGAAGGCCGAGGUGACGAAGCAGCCAUUCACCACGCUGUUCCACUUGGUGGCCGGAGAAACAUAUCGCUUCCGCGUCCGCGCCGACAACGUCUUCGGGCAGUCCGACCCCUCAGAAGAGGCCGAUCAUGGUUACGGUACAAUCCUGUCACCAGACAGGUUGUUACCCCCGCCGCCAAAGGAGAGGGAGGAGGAACAGCCCGAAGCCGUUGACUACGAAAAGCUGGACACUACAGUAGGCGAGGCCGAAUUGAACAAGACCGUCGACCUCAACCGCAUCCCGAACGACUUGCAGGCAAAGUACAUCAUCUGCGAGGAGCUCGGCCGUGGGGCCUACGGCACCGUAUACCGAGCCAUCGAACGCGCUACCGGCAAGACGUGGGCCGCUAAAAUGGUCCAGGUUCGCCCGGGCGUGAAGAAAGAGAACGUGCUGCACGAGAUGGACAUGAUGAACCAGUUGCACCAUGAAAAGCUGCUGCAUCUGCAUGAGGCAUUCGAUCUCGGGAAUGAGAUGUGCCUCAUCGAGGAGUUUGUCUCGGGCGGAGAGCUUUUUGACAAGAUCAUGGAGGACGACUCGCUCAUGUCCGAGCCGGAGGUUCGCGACUACAUGCACCAGAUCCUGCUCGGGCUGCAACAUAUGCACCAGAAGAACAUCGUCCACCUCGACCUGAAGCCUGAGAAUAUUCUGCUCAAGGCGAAGGGCAGCACCGACAUCAAGAUCAUCGACUUUGGGCUUGCGCGGAAGCUGGACCCGAAGCGCGGCGUGAAGCUGCUCUUCGGCACGCCGGAAUUCUGCGCGCCCGAGGUGGUCAACUACCAGCCCGUCGGCCUCGCCACGGACAUGUGGACCGUCGGAGUGAUCUCCUACGUUCUCCUCUCCGGCCUCUCUCCAUUCCUCGGCGACUCCGACGAGGAAACGCUGGCGAAUGUGUCGGCAGCGGAUUGGGACUUUGACGACCCGUCCUGGGAGGAUGUUUCUGAUUUGGCCAAAGAUUUCAUCUGCCGCCUAAUGGCCAAGGACAAGAGGAAGCGGAUGAGCGUCCAGGAGGCCCUGCAGCACCCGUGGAUCGUGGGUCCAAUGUUGUCCGCGUUCAAAGACCUGUCCGACUACGUGGAGAAAUCCGCCCCGAAAUACCGCGGAAAGGUGCCGCUCCGCCAGAAGCGCGACUUCAUGGCGCGCAAGCGCUGGUCGGACGACCUGCUGCCGAUUGGACGCCUCGCCAAGCGUGGAGCCAUCUUCAGGAGGCUGUCGAUGGACGGAGUAUUCGAGCGGAAUAUUUCUUUCGACACCGACUGUGCGCCAAUCAUCCGGAAACGUCUCGAGGACAUUUUCGCGAAUGUUGGUGAUCUGAUCGCGACGCUGUCGUGCGACGUCGAGGGAAUGCCGGCUCCAAGGAUUCGCUGGUUCAAGGGAGACAAAGAACUACCCACAAACUCUCCGAAAUACAACACGCGCUAUCUGAACGGCCUCGCUGAGCUGACGGUGAAAAAUAUCGAAGAAACCGACGCCGGAAUCUACACUUGCCGUGCCACAAAUGAUCUUGGAUCCAUCGAGACCCAAGCCAAGCUCGUGAUCGAGGCGCCGAAGAAAAAGCAU